CUAUUGAGCAUUCACCCUCGUCGUUUGUUUAUUCUUCUUGCACCUACUUUAUACACUGUCCAACCACCUUGCAGCUCUACAGUGUAGACGUCUGCAGCUUUAUACCUCUACCAUGGCUAUGUCGACAAACGCCAUCCAGGCCCAAGAGGCCCAGAAAGCAGAUACCACCACCACCAACACCACCAACACCGCCGCCGCCGCCGCACCCAGGAAGCGGAGAAGAAGAGCGCCUGCUACCGGUGCCAGUGAAGACUGCUUUGCCUGCCGGAAACGAGGAGUCAAGUGCGAUCGCCGACGGCCCUACUGCGGCCAAUGCAUCGAGCUCGGCAAAGAAUGCUCUGGAUAUCGAACGACCUUGACCUGGGGUGUCGGCGUCGCCAGCCGCGGAAAGCUGCGAGGCAUGUCUUUACCCGUAGCCAAAUCAUCCACGCAGAACGCUAGCACCACUCGCGAUUCGAAAACCCAGACUACCACCGCCGCCACGGUUACCAACCAAACCGUGACUGCUGCACAGCAGAGUCCCACCAGAAUAGAGCCCCGUGGAAGCAUUGACUACGGUGUGCAUUCUCCAACGAGCCCCGCGAGCCCACAUAGCUUCUCUGGGCCCCAAGAGUAUCACUACUUUGGCCCUACGAGCCCUAUUCCAAUUCCCUCUCCCUCCACGCCAAUGGGUUUUGCACUUCCGGGUUACGGGGAGCACGUGGAUCCAUUUCAUCCGCAUUCAUCCAAAUUGCGCCGACCUCAUCUGAACCAGGGUCCUCUGCAGAGACUCCACACAUCCCUUGCUAUUCCUUACGAAGAUAAUGGCCUCUCUGCGUCAUCAGCUUCGCUUGGCAGCUACGGCGAGAGCGACUUCCCUUCUCCUGGCGAAUACCCACGCACCCCUGCUGAGGAGUACCCCUUCAUGGACUCCUCCUCCAUGCCGCGGUUUUCAAAUGUCUCGUACCACGACCAGCAACCCAUACAUGCCAUGGAUCACAUCCGAUAUCACUCGAAUCAGCAUCAGCUGCCCAUGGCUGACGAUCUAAGCUCCAGUAUUAGCUCCGAUCAGAGCGUGCAGGAUUUCAACGAGGUCAGCUCUGCUCAGCAGAACAUGGGCCCACCGGCUUUUCCGGACAUUUUCAUUGAGGGAGAAAUGAGUUCAAGUCUUGGCGGAUUGUCUCAGCAUGGUUUCCAUUAUCUCCCCUCGGAGGGUACGUCUUCCUAUGGUUCUGGCCCCCUGUCAAUUGACGAACUCGCGCUCACCACUUUCAUUCCUCAGAGUCUUACCACCGUUUCCCACCUUUCCCCGCGGAUGCUAUACCUGCUGGACUACUACGACAAGUUUAUAUCCCGGGUUCUCGUGGCUGGUGAUGGCCCAACCAAUCCGUACCGGAUGCACGUAAUGCCCCUUGCCAUGAGGAGUGAGGGUCUCCGAAAUGCCAUUGCUGCGCUGGCCACCAACAACCUGCGUAUGCGUGGUGGUAUUGAGGGAAGGCGAUUAAGCUACGCUCAAGACUACGGGCUUUUACCUGAGCAUGCCUUUUCCCAGAUGACAACCUGGGAACUGCGCGAGAUGCACGGCGAGCCCUCCGAUGAGGAAAAACAUUACAAAGCCCAGUCGAUCACCCACCUCAACCAGAAGCUGGUCGACCCCCUGGGCGCGCAGGACGACAGCGUCCUUGCAACUCUCCUCAUCCUCUGCCUCUUCCACGUCUGCGACUCUGGCUUCACAAAGUUCAGAACGCAGCUGGCAGGCGUGCAGAAACUGCUGAGCAUGCGCGACCGAACAGUGCGCUCAGAUUUCAUUGAUUGGAUUGAAUUUUUCUUUACGUGGUUUGACGUCCUCACGAGCGCGGUGAAUGAUCGGGAAAUGGAGGUCCAGGGCGAGUCCCUGGGCAUGAUGAAUCUCACGGCGAACUUGGGAGCGGCGGAGCACCUUUCCGGGUGCGAGGGGCGUUUGUUCAAACUCAUUGCUAGACUUGGUAGACUGAAUCUGCUGAGCCAAAACCGUCCUGUGCGCGAAAAUGACACCACUCCGAGGGCUUCGCCCCGCCUGAAACGCAGAGACACGUAUGCGUUUGCGUUCAAUAGCAUCGACGGCAACGGCUGGCGGCCUUCGACGGUGCAGCCGGAGGCCACCAGCCCCGGCUCCGGGACCGAGGACCACCGCACAGACUUCUGGGAGGAGUGGCACGACGUCCGCGUGCGGCUCCAGGAGUGGGAGUUCGAGCACCCGCUCGGACACGCACCUUCAGGCAUGCUCUCCCCCGCCGACACAGCGAUGCUGCACAUGAGCGAAAGCUUCCGGUACGCCGCACUGCUGUACACAGAGCGCCUCGCGCACCCCACCCUCUCCUCGGCGGCUCUCAACUUCCAGUCACUCGUCUCCCAGGGCCUCUUUCACAUCUCGCAAAUCGGCAUCACAUCUUGCGUCAACAAAUUCCUGCUCUGGCCCCUCUUCCUCAUCGGCACCGAGUGCGUACAGAACGAGCACCGCGCCGUCGUGCGCCAGCGCUGCGUCGAGAUCCAGCGCGAGAGCGGCUUCUUCAACAAUCUCUCUGGGCUGGAGGUCCUCGAGAAGGUGUGGCAGGAGGACUCCGUCGACGGCGAGCAGCUGCCCGACGGAGAGGGCGAGGGCUGGGCGACGCCUACGACUUCCUUCGCGAAACCGCCGCAGGCGUUUCGCUGGAGGAAGGCCAUGGACCGUGUCGACGGCGAGUACAUCAUGAUCUAAUCUGGCCUGCUCUACUUUACUCUCCUCCUCUCCGCCCGAUUGGCUGUCGCAGAAAAGUAUGUCAUUUCGCACUCCCCGCGGUGCAUUUAUUGGUCGGGUAGGCAAAAGGGAUGGUAAUGGCUAAUGAGGCUCUCUGCAUGUUCGUAUGGGGUGCAUCCUUGGAUCUCCCGGGGUAAUCCGUUUUGUCAUUAUACGUUUGCUGGUUUCCUUGAAUUGUAUCUAUAUUUCCGCUGCGUUAUGGGCAUGGGCAACGGAUGGUCUCCCGGCGUGCUGGGAUGGGACCGGAGUGGAACUUUGCUUUGGCAGUCUUGUAUGUACGACUUUCACGAUGGCAUGGCAUGACAUGACAUGACAUGGCACACACGAAUAGCAGGCGCAUGUGCGCGCUUUUACGACCUCAACUGCUCUUU